AUGGAGUCCGUUUUGGUCCUUUUGUUCGCCGUCUGCAACUCGCAUGGACUGCCAAGUCUUCUCGAAGAGCGACCGGGAUUCACUCAGCAGAACGGGUUUAUCAAGCUACUGUUGCAAACCCGGCAUGCAACCAAGAGUGGCGGAGAAGUUGAAAAUGAAGGGAAGCUUUCACUUCCCCCUCCGGUCAAUACCUUCAACCUACAGCCUGGGGAUCCCGACCAUAUGGCUAGCCCUCUUUGCUCCGUGCAUCGUAUGUUUGACCACGAAGACAACGUCAGCGACAAUCGCACAACUGAAAUCUCUGGAUUGUACAACCCGGCUGCAUCCGAAUCAAUGCUCAACACUUCUCUCAGCUUCAGCUUGUUCGAAACUCCUGCUAAGAUUUUCAGCACAGCGAUCAAUGAGAUGAUUGUGUUUGCUGGUCACGCAGGUUCUCUCACCCUCGGUGGUAUAGAUGUCGGAAAGUACUACGGGCCCAUGAACCAUGUCCGUCUUCUUGAAGAUCAAACGCACCAACAUUCCACAUCAUACUGUGUUUCUCUGGCCAAGCUUCAGAUUCUUGUUUCGGACUCGGAUUCCAUGGUGGAUGUUGCCAACGACGAUCGUCCGGCGUAUUUCAAUACCAGAAACAGACUGACGCGGUUUCCUGCCGAGGCCUUCGAUGUCAUCCUUGGUAUUUUUGACCCGUAUUCCCUGCCGAAAGCAGGACGUGAUGGAGAGGUUCUCUACAGCUUGCCGUGCAGCUUUGAUGGAGCCGAGUAUAUCCGGUUUGGCUUCGGUGGUGCGGGUGACUUUCCAGCUUUCGAUAUUGACGUCGCCAUUGAGGAUCUGAUCUUGGACCCUGUCACAGAUGCUGAGUCCCCAGGCGCAUGCCUUCUGGGGAUUUCUCGAGGAGAUGCAGGUACAGACUUCAUUCUCGGAGAGACGUUUCUUGCUGCCGUCACAGACUGGCAGCCGGCUGAAUUUGGCUCCUUGACUGCCUCGCCAUCGGACGUUGCUAUUCCUACCAUUUUCCCGCCCAGCAUAGCCGUUUCUUCCGAAGAUUCUUGGAAUACCUUGUCUGAUGCGACUUACGACUUUUCGUCAACCAGCUCUGGCUUUUUGAAGAAUUCUGUUUCGCAUGAUAACUUGACCACCACAAUCACUGUCCGAAGAACCAGGAACAUUACUGUCAACGAAGCCCCCGAUUCAAUCCAAGCGGAGCCAUCACUCCUUGUUUCCCCCAUCGUGCAAGACUCCGAGGUGGCGUUUGAGACGAAUGCGCCUGGAAUUGUUCGCACAGGACUAAUCAUUGCAAGUUCGUCUGCAAAUUUGGCAGGCCCUGGAGCUGGUGGAGACAAGACCAACAGAUUGAGACCGGACGUCUCUUCAGCUGUAGGGGAGGAAGAAUUCCGCUGA